UGCAAUCACUUCACCAGCCAACGAACAAAAAGCCGCGUCGGCGCUCGCCACUAGUGGCAAGGCCUGCGCGAGCGCGAAAUCGCCGGCGGCGAUGGCCGAGCAAGAACGAGCACUCCUGGCCGGCCGCCGCGUCGCGCUGUUCCCGCUGCCGUUCCAGGGUCACCUCAGCCCCAUGCUCCAGCUCGCCGCGGUCCUCCGCGCGCGGGGCCUAGCCGUCGCCGUCCUCCACACCGACUUCAACGCGCCCGACCCGGCGCGCCACCACCGGGACCUCGCCUUCAUUCCCAUCCGCGAGACGCUCCCCGAGGAGGCCACCUCCCCGGACGCCGACAUCGUCGCGCAGCUCCUCGCGCUCAACGCCGCCUGCGAGGCGCCGUUCCGGGACGCGCUGGCGUCGCUGCUUCCCGACGUGGCGUGCGCGGUGAUCGACGGGCAGUGGUACGCGGCGCUGGGCGCGGCGGCCCAGGUCGGUGUCCCCGUGCUCGCGCUCCGAACGGGCAGCGCCGCCACGUUCCGCAGCAUUCUCGCCUUCCCGCGGCUGCGCGACGCCGGAUACAUCCCAAUCGAUGAGCAGCGGCUGGAUGAGCCGGUGCCGGAGUUGGAGCCGCUCCGGGUGCGAGACCAGAUCGGCGUCGACGGCUGCCAUCCCGACGCGCUGUGCGGCUUCAUCGCCCGCGUCGCCGAUGCCAUGCGCGCCUCGGCGUCUGGCGUCGUGGUCAACACGUUCGCCGCCAUCGAGGCGUCGGAGCUGGACAAGAUACAGGCCGAGCUAUCCCAGCCUGCCUUCGCCGUCGGUCCGCUGCACAAGCUAACCCCGGCGGCGGCAGCCGCGGAGCACGACUUCCUAUACAGCCCGGACCGCAGCUGCGUGGCGUGGCUCGACGCGCACCCGCCGCGCUCCGUGCUGUACGUGAGCCUGGGGAGCGUGGCCUGCAUCGACCGCGGCGUGUUCGAGGAGAUGGCGUGGGGUCUCUCCAUCAGCGGAGUGCCGUUCCUCUGGGUCGUCCGGCCGGGCUCCGUCCGCGGCGGCACGCCGCCGCUACCCCACGGGCUCGACAGGAGCAGGGGCAAGAUCGUGCCAUGGGCGCCGCAGAGGGACGUCCUGGCGCACCGGGCGACCGGCGGGUUCUGGACGCACUGCGGGUGGAACUCGACGCUGGAGAGCGUCUGCGAAGGUGUGCCCAUGCUGACGCAGCCGUGCUUCGCCGACCAGACGGUGAACGCGAGGUACGUGACGCAUCAGUGGGGCGUCGGGCUGGAGCUCGGCGAGGUGUUCGACCGGGCGCGCGCCGCCGAGGCGGUGAGGAGGCUGAUGGUUGGGGAAGAAUGCGCCGCGAUGAGGGAGAGGGCACACGGCCUGAAAACCCGCGCGAAUCAACGCGUCGCUGCUACUCGCGCCAUUGACAAUCUAGUCGAUUACAUUUGCUCGCUGUGACAAGUAAUCUUCGGUUUAGUGCUCCUGUCUCUUACUCUUAAUCUGCUGCAAAUUUGUAACUGGGAACUGGAGAAAUCUGGCAAUUGGAGAUUACCUUCUGUUGAUGAAUUCUUGGUAAGCUUUGGUGUAAGAUUUCAAAUUUCGAAUGGGAUAAUUGUUCUAUGAAUUGUAGGAUGAAGAGUUCAUUGAGGUGUUGUCUGAUCUUUCGUCCUGAUUUGUAGUAAUCUGUUUUCUUGUUGCACAAAAACAAAAGGCUGAUUCGACAUUUGGUGUUUCAUCUG